GAACAGUAAUAAUUCCUUUGGAGAACUUUAUGCUUACAAAGCAACUUUUUUUUUGCAAAAACUACAUUUAUUUUUAUGAAAAUAAAAUACAAAUAACAAUAAAAUUAAUAAUACAGUAUUAGAUUAUAGAAAAAAGAUUAAUUAAACUGUUUGUUGUCAGUGGAGCGAUAGAACUACAAGACCGCAGCUACAAUAACAAAAAUAAUACGUACAUGAACUUCAAAUAAAAAUAAAUAAACAUGGCUCUGUCUGAAUCCCGUGAACAACGUGUCUUAGUUAAAUGUGGUGGUUUUUCUACCCAAUUGGCCAAUCAUGUUGGUGAAAGAAUCGAUGGCGACCCAUUGUGGGGUUCACGUUUCGAUUUGGUUAAUCCCACUGCCGUAGUGCAAACUCAUUUAGAUUUUUUGGAAAAUGGAGCACAAAUUAUAUUGUCAAACACUUAUCAAUCAAGCGUUGAAGGCUUUAUGAAGCAUUUGAAACUAACUAAGGAAGAUUCUGUACAGUUAAUGCGCAAAAGUGUACAACUUGCUAAAGAAGCUAGAGAUAAAUAUGUUGAUAUGGUCGAAAAAUCAAAUGGCUCACUGGAAGCUGGUCUACCUUUAAUAUUAGGAUCUGUAGGUCCCUAUGGAGCUAUGUUGCACGAUGGUUCGGAAUACAAUGGUUCGUACACUGAUAAAGUUUCCAAAGAGGAAAUACAGAAUUGGCAUCGUACUCGCAUUAAUGCUUUAUUGGCCGAAGACGUGGACGGUUUAGCCGUAGAAACUAUACCCUGUCCAAAGGAGGCUGAAGCUGUUACUGAAAUGAUUUUGAAGGAUUAUCCUAAAGUCAAAUUUUGGGUAUCAUUCCAAUGUAAAGAUGAAUUGCAUUUAGCUCAUGGUGAGAAUUUUGCCAAUGCUGCCAAAUCUAUAUGGGACAUGGUAAAACAGGCAAAUGCUAGAGAUAGAAUCUUUGGCAUAGGCGUAAAUUGUGUUAACCCAAAGUUUGUGGGUGCUCUUUUUAAAUCACUGCACGUUUUAUUAGAUGAUAAGGAUUUGCCGCCCUUGGUGGUAUAUAGUAAUCGUGGCGAAACUUUUGACUUAGAAAAGGAUGAAUGGGUUGACCAAGACAAGUGUGUGCCAUUGGAGACAUACGUACCAGAUUGGAUACGUUUAGGUGCCACAGUAAUUGGUGGUUGUUGUCGCGUUUAUCCGGCUGAUAUACUUAAUAUACGCAAGUGCAUCGAUAGCUUGGGUAAUAAUAAUAUUUAAUUGUAACUGCUAUUAAAUUUGAAAUAAAAUAUACUUACAAAAAUAUUUAAACUGAAGAA